GCUUUGUUUUUUUUUUUUGCUGUACACUCGAUUGUCUUAUUAUUGUUUUGCUAUUGUUGUGCUCAAGCGAAUGGCUGGAUUUGAGAGGACUGCGAAUUGGAAGGAGCGCCACAGCCUUAGCCGCAGCCUCAGCCUCACCGUGUGUUGUCGGUGUUGGUGGUGGUGUUGAUUGAAACUCGCCCUCAAUGCUUGGCGACAGACAGCGCAGCUUAGCUGGCAGGCUGCCUAAAUUGCUCGAUUCGUCUCCGCUGGUGGUUGCUCGCUUCGAGUUCAUAACAAUUCGAUUUAAAUGCGAAUUGUCCGCUCGCCGAGUGUAACGCGCUUGUGCAUUCGUCACCGUUAGUUUUGGCAAAUUUUGCACUGUUGCACAAAGCCAACACAUACACGCUGCUACACAUGUGACUUCAUACCGACACGCAUAUUUAAUGACCAUUUAAGGGACAUUAAUUUGCUCCCAAUGCGACCAGUCGGGUCAACGCAGUGACACAGCUCAGACAGCAAGCUCAGCUUCAAUCUUUCGAAAUUGUUGUGUUGCAAGUGCAGUGUGGCAAUGCCGUGUUGGAAUGUGAACGGUGAAUGUGGUUGUUGCUGCUGCCGCGGCAGUGCCGAGAAUUUGUUGGAUUUAAUUAAAAGUGUCAAUUAAAUUAUAACCGUGAAUUAAGUGGUUGAUUUAACCGCAAACGAAACAAAGAGUGCGCUACUAGUAGAACGGGAGCAGGGUGCAACAGACGAAAGGCGCUUACUGUUGCCGUUUAGAAAGUGUGUUAAUGACUUGGAGCACGAAAAGUGUUUACAAACACAAAGUUAAUUCAUGAACCGUAAAAAUAAUGUUGACAGAAGUUAAUAUCUAAAACAAAAAUAUUAUAAAAAAAAAAUACCAAAAUUUGUGCAAACGAACGAAAAAUAAAAAUGUAUGAUACUUAAGAAAUCGGUUUCAUCCGUCCGGGAAGCUUGACUAUAUGACUCCUUAAACAUACAAUUCAAGUUUCGAAGAAAUCAAGCUUAUACUUACAUGUAAAUAGAAGACUCUAAUGUAAGCAAAUAAAAAAAUUAAAUCAAAAAUAAAAUAACAAACAAAAUUAAAUACGUUUACAACGUAUGUUUGGGUGUAUGUAAGGACUCCACACUACCGCAUUUCGUAUUGAAGCCAACGACUCUUUUUAUGUCACUUCGAAGUUGCUGGAAGUUCAUAGACAUUUGAUUGAAUUAAUCUGUGUUAUGUAAGCCAGCCCAAUUGAACGCUAAAGUCGAGCACGAAUCUAUUGAAAUGUAGUGCUGUCACGCCAAGCUCUUCGGCACACGAACUGUGAUAAAACAUGUAUACGACAGAUUAACACCUGUGAAAAUAAUACGAAGAAUCUACCAACACACUACCACAUACACAGCGACCGUUAUACGAUCAAAUUUAAUUCACUAGAAAAGCUACAGCGAAGUUACGACAGAAAUUUCAAUAUCAAAAUCAGCGCGUUAAGUGGAAAACCGGCAAGCUGUCUGCGCUAUCGAUUCGGAACUUUUCAGCAAAUAUGCUGAACAAUCUGGGCGCCAAUGUUUUGGGUCCCAAAGAUUGUGAUCUACCCAAAGCCGCAAUCACGGCCUUGCACGCCGGCGUCAAUAGUUUCGGCCAAUUGCCGCCGAACGCGCAAAAUCCGGCCGACGCGGUGUUGAACGGAGGCGGCGGUGGCGGCGGGGCGCGGCUGCACGUCACUGGCGGCCUAUGCGACACGCCCAAUCCGCAUCACAAUAACAACAACAACAAUACCAAUAACAACAACAUGCAACAACAGGAUCAGCGUUUCUAUCUCUUGCAGAACUCGGAUAAAAACAACAAGCAGAAACGACAUCGCACACGCUUCACGCCCGCCCAAUUGAAUGAGCUGGAGCGGUGCUUCUCGAAAACACACUAUCCGGACAUUUUCAUGCGCGAGGAAAUUGCGAUGCGCAUCGGACUGACCGAGUCCAGAGUGCAGGUUUGGUUUCAAAACCGGCGGGCCAAGUGGAAGAAGCGUAAGAAGACCACAAAUGUCUUCCGUACACCGGGCGCGCUGCUGCCAUCACACGGACUGCCGCCUUUCGGCGCCAACAUCACCAACAUUGCCAUGGGCGAGGGCCUCUGUGGUACCGGCAUGUUCGGCGGCGAUCGUUGGGGCGUGGGCGUAAAUCCGAUGACUGCAGGUUUUGGUCAACUAAAUCAAUCUUCGCCGCUUUCAUCUACAAUAAAUAGUGGUCUUAAUUCGGGUAUUAACAUUGGUUCCGCAAUGGGUGCUGGCAGCUAUCAGCAUUAUGGACUAAACGCUUUAGGUGAUUCGAUGAUGUAUCAGCACACGGUUGGUGGCGUUAGCUGCGGCGCCAGCGGCUCGCCCACCACGACCACGCCUCCGAACAUCAACUCGUGCUCAUCGGUUACGCCACCACUGUCCAAUCAGCCGAACGCGGGACCAAACGACAUGAAUGGCGACCAAAUGGGUGGUCCACCACAUCAUCAGCAACAACCACCAACGCCGCAACAGCAACAACAGCAGCAGCAACAGCAACAAGCCCACCAACAGAAUCACCACCAUCAACAACCACCACCACAACAACAACAACAGCAGCAGCAACAACAACCGCAGACACAACAUCAAGAGCAUACGGCAAAUAAUGGUGGCUCUCAUAUGGUGCCACAUUGUCACCAAUCCAUGCAAUCGCCAUCAGAUGGCGGCAACGUCGGCGAGGAAGAUGUCUGGCGAGGACACAGUAUAGCCGCCUUGCGGCGACGCGCUUCCGAACUAAACGCAACAUCGGCGAUUCCAUCGUAUUUGCAUCACGCGGCCGCCGCUCACAACAAUUACGAACAUCACAAUUCGGUCUACUGAAAUUUGUUGAAGAGCUUUGAAAGCUUUUCGGAUUACGGUUUCCCCAGUUGUGGGAAUCAUGAGUUCUAGCAUGUGACCAAAGCGGAUGCUGAUGCCAAUGGUGGUAUGGCGCAAGGGUGGUGAUAUUAAAAACAAAACACCGAUGAGAAUGGCAGAAGCGAAUAAGCAUAGAAGAAAGGUGAAUAAACACACAAUAGUUUGGCAGCCACUGUGCGCGCAGCAGAGUACAGUGGCUGUAAGCGUUGUGGUGAAGUUAUUUUUGUUGAAAAGUUUAGCCAGAGCAAAGAACCGAACGAAGUAUACGUAAAAAGUGAACUGCAAGCAUAAUGCAAAUUUAAAAUUAAGAUUUACAAAUAAAUAAACUUGUAUGCCCUGCAAUAUGACUUAAAUUGUUUGUAUGUAAGUACUAAAAUAGAAUAUAUACACAGAUACGCAUAUAUUGAAAUUGUAAAAAGACGAACGUAGUAGAGGUAAGGUUGACUGUAACAGUUGUAAUUUUCUUCUUUUUUUAUUUUUGUUUAAAUUGACAAAAAUAUAUUUGUGUUCGGAAUUUUUUUUUUAACUUCGAAAGUCAAUAGUUUUUCGCUCGCACUGUACAGCUUUGAAAGUGUUUUAUAUGCAUAUGCUAAAAAUAUCUUUUAAAUGUACAGUGACACAAAAUUUUAAACGCUAAAACUUCUAUUCCAGCGUUUAAUACUAUAAUAAAGUUUUUUAAAGGUAAAAAGUUAGAUAGGAAAAUAAGCAAAUAUAUUUUGCUAAAUUCAUAUUUAAGUUGACGCUACGCCCGUAUAAACUUUUGCGUCACUGUAUGAGCUAUCAGUUUUAAUUUUUUGAACUAAAAAUUUUUAGAAAAUAAUAUUACAAAAUAUCGUGUAUAUAAAAAUUUCGGUUUUGAUUAAAAGUGUCAUACUGUACUUAAGCAUAUACUUAACGAAUUAAUAAAUGCAAUUAAAGACUAUAAAAUGUAAAAGAACCAAUGUAUACGAAAUGAAGAGCAGUGAACGAGUAAUUAUAAAUUAUCGAAUUAAAGUUAAACUUAGUGACUAUAUUUACAUAUAACUAUAUACAUGUUUCCAAGUAAGUUAUUACAUAAUUAGGUGCUAAGUAAAUGUUAAUUAAAUUCAAAUAUAAAUAAAAAAUUACAACAAAAAGCGCAGCAAAAACAGUUCUGAAUAGAGUUAUACCAUAUACAAAGUUACACAGGCAAACACAAAGUUUAAGAAGGAAGUGUUAAUAAAUGUCACCAUAAUAUUAGGUUAUGAAAUUUAAUUUCAGAAAUUUUCAAACAAAAAAAAAACAUAAUUAUUUUAAACUGUAAAUAACAAUAUACGGCAAAAUCGAUUUUUUUCUGGUUAUUGGACCAAGCAAUUUUUUUCGACAGAUGGAAGCAGUUUCUCCGUUAUUCGAAGUUAGUCUUUCAAAACGGAAAUAAUUUCGAGACUGAGCUUAUAGAAAAAUUAUUAUUAAUUAUAUAAAUCUUAAACAAGAAAAAAUAUGCCAAUCAUUUACGUUUUCCUCACACAUCAAUGUGUAUAAUAUGUUUCAAUUAAGCUUAUAUGACAGAUGUUUUACGUAUAAGGUUAUACUUAUAUUUGUUCCCAUAAAGUAAUUGUCAGUGAAAUAAGGAGUAAAAGUCGUUUUUUUGCAUAUAUUAAAUUUGUUUUCUCAAAUUGUCAAAUUUCGAAUUUCGAAAACAAAUAUCUCGAUUUUGGCUAACUUCGAAAAAACGAAAAAAUUACAUUUUUUCUUAGUACUUCAGCUUUUUGUAAUAUUAUUGUGGUCUAAUACCCCGUUAAGUAUUUUACAGUGUAAUUUAUCAAUUAGUUUUGUCACAGUUUAGGUGUCACUUCAGCUUUGGAAACAAUUACAGUUAUUAGCAUGUGUUCACACUAUUACUAAUUUAAUCCAGACUUUGCCUCUCUUUGUGCAAUAAUAUUUUAAAUUAAUUUUAUUAAACUUUUCUGCCCACACCACAUACUGUGUAAGGAUAAAUAUGCAAGAAAAAAUAACAACAACAAAUACGUUGUUUUUGCCCAGACUAACAAGCCAAUAUUCGAUAUUUCACACACCAACACACAUUCUUACAAAUGUUUGCCUUUGUGAACAUUUCAAAUUGUUCGAUGUACUAAAUAUUUGCCCAUAUACAUAAUGCUUCGACUUAGAUGUAAAUAAAUACUGCAUAGUGGGUCAAGAGUGUACUUUCGCCGAACGUAAGAAGGUUAGUGUUAAGUAUUUGAUUGUAAACAUGUGUAUGAUUGUAUGUGUUUAAGAUAUUUGAAUGAUUAAACCGACAAAUAUGUGAUGAUAAAGGUAAUAUUUUUCUUACGAAAAUAGUGUAGCAUAUCAAUGAGUUUCUGGCUGCAAAUCAGAAUUUUCAUUGGUAACUAACACUAUAGACAAGAAAACUUGUUUUUAAGUGUUAAUAUAAAGUUUUGUAAAAAUAUUAUAUAAUAUAUUUCCUUAUUGCGGUUCCAAAUUAAAUGAAUGAUUCAUCUUGCUUUAAAUAGAAUGUACUCAAUGUUUUCGACAAAAACUGAAAACUAAACUAUUUCAAAAUCUCGAAUCGCUUUUUCCAUUUUUUUUUAUUUAGAAAGUCUUUUCAGAAAUUGAGCUAUUUGAUAGUAAUAUUCAGGAAAUAAAUUGUUUCUAAUGGCAAAAUAUUAAAAAUUAAUACAUGAUCGCUUACUCCAUUAGAACACAUAAAAUUCUUUCGAGCGGAAAUGUAUACUCGCCCACUGUGCCACAAUUCUCUUAAAGAAUAAAAGAAAAUUGAAUGUUAAAACAAAACCGUAUUAGGAGAUACAUACUUACAUGUACUAAUCGGAAGGAGAUAAUAUUGUAAUAUGGUAGACUUUAAUGCAUACGUAUACUUUAAUAUUUAAGAUAGCUACGGAUAAAUGUAAACUCUACACAAUAACUAAAUAUUGCAUUGCUGCUUAAAUUAGAACAAAAACACUUAAAAAAAUAUUAAAAUAAAUUAAUGAUAAAUUAAAAAUAUAAUAUGUAUAACAGUAAUGUGUGAGGAGAAUUAAGUAUAUGUACUUGUAAAUAAAUAAAUGCGUACUUAUGG